CAGGGCUGUAAAUAUCCCACUAAUGUCAUCUCAUAUCAUAAAUCAUGUGCUUUAUGCUAAUUGAAAAUAAACACCAAGUGCUGAAAUUGAAAUUAAACAAUGAGCAAUUAGUAGUGCUCAGCAGCUUUUUUUCUUCUCUUUUCCGUCUAUUCUCUCAUCAGCGCCCAACAAACACACUCAACAGCCCUGACUUCCAUCGUCAGCAUUCAAUGUGUAUUAUCGCAUUUAAUAUUAUAUAUUUUUUUUGUUCCAAAAAGUUUCUCUCACUCUUUUUAGUCAUUUGGUAAGCAUCGACUGUGUUGAUCGUAAAAAUUGCCUCUCCGUCCAAUUAUUGAAAAUUUAUUUAAAAAUUUUAAUAAUUCUUAUUUUGAAGAGCAUUUACAAUUCUUUAGUACGUUACAUCUUCUCAUCCUGCCUUCUUGCCUUCCUUUCGCAAAUGACCUCAAAUAAUUUAAAACGAUUGAUUUUGCGACACUGUAAAGGCAGAAGUUCUCUUAUCAAACUUGUACUAAACUUUACAAUCAUCGCAUUAGUUCUUCUGUUCUUAAUAUCGCAAAUAUACAAGUCAUCAAAUAAUAGUGAUGAAAGCGAAAAAGAAGAUGUAAAACAUGAAGAAGAUCACCCAAUUGCCAAUCAAUUAGUGCAGAGAAAAGCAAAAGCAAGCACAGAAAAGCGGCCGAUUGUAUUACCGUUAAUAUCAGAAGAUGAAUUCAAUUACGUUGAGCCAUAUGAUUCAUUCUUCAAGCAAAAACACAAUGUUUUACUUAAGAGAAAAGACUGGCAUGACUUUGAACAUAUUCAGCAAGAGAAAGCUAAAAAGGGACCUGGUGAGCAAGGCAAAGCCUUCAAGUUAACAGAUCCACAUGAUAUAGAAAUCAAUACACAACUUCUAAAAGUCAAUGGAUAUUAUGCUCGAGCAUCCGAUAUCAUUUCAGUUAAUCGAUCUGUUGCCGAUAUUCGGCACCCACUAUGCCAAAAGAAAAAGUAUCUUUUGGAACUGCCAACGGCAUCAGUAAUCAUUCCAUUUUUCAAUGAUCACCUUAGCGUUCUUAUGCGAACUGUUCAUAGCUGUAUAAAUCGUGCACCGGCACAUUUACUUAAGGAAGUUAUUUUAGUCAAUGAUCAUUCCACAAAAACUGAAUUAUAUGAUGAACUUAAAGCGUACUUAGCAAAUAAUUUUGAAGGAAAGGCACAUGUGAUUGAUUUGCCAGCAAGAUCUGGGCUUAUUACUGCACGUUUGGCUGGUGCAAGAGCAGCAAAAGGAGAUGUACUUAUAUUUUUAGACUCACAUACAGAAGCAAAUACUAAUUGGCUGCCGCCUUUAUUAGAUCCAAUUGCAUCUGACUAUCGAACAUGUGUGUGUCCAUUCAUUGAUGUAAUUGAUGCACAAGACUAUGAGUAUAGAGCUCAAGAUGAGGGAAAUCGAGGUGCAUUUGAAUGGAAUUUCUUGUAUAAAAGAAUUGAUAUCCGUCCAGGUGAUCAAGAGACACCAGCUGAUAAUUUCCCAUCACCUGUCAUGGCUGGAGGUCUUUUUGCAAUAUCAGCUAAAUUCUUCUGGGAAGUUGGUGGAUAUGAUCCAGGUCUCGACAUUUGGGGAGGUGAACAGUACGAGUUGAGCUUUAAAAUUUGGCUUUGCGGUGGUGAGAUGGUUGACUCCCCAUGCAGUAGAAUCGGACACAUUUACAAAAGCAAUCCAUUCCCAGAUCCAAGAGGAUAUGACUACGUUUCAAAGAAUUUCAAGAGAGUUGCUGAGGUAUGGAUGGACGAGUACAAAGAAUACAUCUACGAACGGAAACCGGAUAGAUUUGCUCGUGUUGAUACCGGAGAUAUUUCGAAGCAAUUAGCAAUUAAAGAAAAGAAUAAAUGUAAGCCAUUUAAGUAUUUCCUUGAGGUUGUAGCACCUGACAUGCUAGAGAAAUAUCCACCAUCACAGAUUGAAUUUGCCAAGGGAGCUAUUGAAAGCAUAGCUUUAAAGGAUUAUUGUAUAGAUUCAAUGGGUCAUUUCUAUAAAGAAUUGGGACUUUACAGAUGUUCACAUAAUAAACAACGUCCAUCAGGACAUCAACAUUACUUCUUGGGACAUCAUCGUGAUAUUGAAUUUUAUUCCGAUGCUGCAUACUGCAUAGAUUCUUAUGGCUCAAGUGUGCGACUUGGUGCAUGCCAUCAUAAACAAGGCGGUCAAUACUUCCGCUAUGAUCUCGAUACACAGCAAAUGUAUAGUCAGCCAAGUGAGAAGAAAUGCUUGGAAGCAGAUCCGACGUCGCAAAAAAUUCUUAUAAAACCAUGUGAUAGUAAUGAAAUCAAACAGAAAUGGAAAUGGGGAUACAUAAAUGAGGACAAUUUACGUAAUUGGAACGAACGUGGUGCUAAGAUAUUAAAAUGAAAUGCAAAAGAAUUUUUUUAAGUUUAGCUAGGAUAAAAUAAUAUGAAAAGAAUUGCAAUAAAAUUUAUUUACAAUGUUUG